ACAUUGUAUAAAAUUCUAUCUAAAAAUGUCUUAACUAAAAUAAACUUUAAUGUUUUUCGGUGGAAAAUUGUAACUUUAAACGAUUUUGAACACCAUAAAUGUAAUAAAAAAUGUCAACUGAUAGGUAAAAGAAUAAAAGUCAAUUUAUAAGUUUGUUAAUUUAUUGAAAAUUCUUGGUGAAAGUUUUAAAGUUAAGAAGAAAAAAAUUUCCACACAAAAAUUUUCUUUUCUCAAUUGCAUCUCCAAUUUUUUAUUUUGCAUUUUGGGUGUGUUUUUCCUUACCACCGAUCGCAUGAAAAAAGAUUUCAAGCAUGCAUUUCGGAUGGAACUAAUUGAAGUGUUUCUGGUAGUGACAACAGGAAACGGAAAUUGUGAUAUUUUCUUUUAUUCAAAUUAUCUCUCGAAUAAAAUAUGAGUCACGAAAAAAAAUAUCCGAAAUACUCAUCUCAUUCUCGAGUUUGUGUAGUUUCGUUUUAUGCGUUAGAGUGAAAUGUUUGCUUGAAGAGUGAUAAGAUAACCCAAAUGCAUUCCUUCAUCAGGUCAACGACGGCAUUAAAAGAUCAGCAGUCGCCAACACAAUGGGUGGAAAUAAUCGAACCCAAGAGCAAGGAGAAGAUGUAUGCAAAUCUUCAGACGGGCAGUUGUGUUUGGGACGCUCCUGAGGGUGUUCCAAUCAAACGCUCGAAUUCAUCGCAAUGGUGGGAGCUGUUUGAUCCAAAGACAGAUCGGUUUUAUUACUACAAUUGUUCAUCACAGAAAACCGUCUGGCAUAAGCCACAAAAUUGUGAUAUCAUUCCGCUAGCCAAACUACAAAUUCUUAAACAAAACUCAGAACCACCAAUAAAUGAACCCAAAGAUGCACCACAAACAAUUCAACAACGUUUGAAUCAACACAAGAGACAUUCAGAAGCGAGUGGCAAAACAAACAGUUCAAGACGUAAUCACGAGAAUGAAAGAGUUCGUGAUGAACCGCGUGAGAGGUCAGGAAGCGCGGGACAUUCCAAGAACUUUCAAAUACAACAAGCGAAGCUCCAUUCGGUGGAUGAUUUUGUUGUUGGUGAAUCGUACAAGUUUUGUAAGCAUGGCGGUCAAGGUGCGUCAACACGCAACAAUCACAAAUAUAUGGAUUCAGGAAAAUCAAGUGAUUCAAGCUUAUCAAGUGCUCACAACUACCGUAAAAUUCAAGAAGGUGGCAGUUUACGUAUUGGAAGUACACAUGGAAAGUCAAGCAACAAAUACAAUCCCGACAACACUUACAGAAUGCUACAAGAAAGUGCAAGUUCACAUAACAUUCCCGACAAAAGUCAUCAUCAUCUCGUGCCGUCAAUUUCAAAUUCAUCUGAUUUAGCAUCGGGCAAUAACAGCAACAAUAAAUCUCCAUCACAUUCAACUGGCACGCCAUUAAUGAAGAAAAGACUUCAGUAUGAAAGUCAGGCACCGGGGAAAUCUCGCGAAGCCACGUCAUCAUCUAAAUCAUCAAAACACCAAAGCUUUGACUACGGACCUUCACAAGCUAUCAGCAUAACGAGGUCUGGAAGUUUCAUGUCACCUGUCAAUAGCGGACCUUCGGGACGUCCACAAAUCUCACAACACCAACAACAACAGCAAAGAAAAGGAUCAUUUGAUGGUCAUGGAAGUGAUGAUUCAAUGCAUGAAAAGUACUUUAAGUCAGUUGAGAAUACGCCAGUGUCUCGACGACGUCACACAACUUCAUCCAAAGAUCGACUUAAGUCGAGUGAUUCAAGUCCACAAUCUCCAAUAAGUCCACAAAAUCAAGCUACAAAGUCAGUUCGACCAUCGCAUCUUGGCCUCGAGUCAAUCAACAAAAAGUCAUCGUCUAGUCACAAGUACGAUCCCGAUACGGUUAACAUGGAUGUUACUGUUGUUAAACAAGAGCGGUUCACUGAUAAAAUGAAACUUGAUAGGAAUAAAACAUCACCAGCUGCAUCAGGUCAUUCAGCAAAUAACUUGAGAACAAUUCAGCAAAUAAAUCAACUUUUGAAGCCGAGUAAUACAUUGAAGUCCCCUUCUAGUCAUCAUAGUCAAGAUGCGACAACAAAUUCAUUGAGUAAAAGUAAUAAAAGUUCACUUCGUAUGCAUCGAGAUCAUACGUUGGAUCGUAAACUACCGUCAAGUGGUGGUGUAGCAAGUGGAAGUACAGGAAAGAGUCGAAAGAAGACUUACACAUCAAACACUAACGAUAUGGAAUAUGACAAUGGAAAUAUGUCGCCGUUGUACACGAAUUGGGAUCAAGACAUGCACGAACAUCUUCUCCCACUUCAACAUUACAUUCUAGAACAAGCAAAGCUUAGCGGAUUUCAUGGUCGAUCUCAUGACACUUACGAUUCUGAUUCGAUUCAUUCGGAUAGUCAUUCAGAACAUUCGUUAAGUGAUCACGACACUGGCCAUGAGCCGGAUAAUGAAGAUUCUGAUAAUUCUGAUGGUCAUGGUGAUUAUCUCGCUCAUAAUCCUUACGAGGAUUACGGCGCAUUUCGUGGACCUUCGUACUAUAAUUAUGAGCAUAAUUUUAAUCGUCAUAUGAGUCGUGAAGACAUAUCCGCUGAAGUCACAGCAAAGCUUGAAAGUCUUCAAGAUCAAAUUUAUAGUCCAGUGAAGCAUCAUCCACCACUUCUUAAAUACUCGUACUCGCCAGUGAAUCCAAAUGCUCAAUCAAUUCACAAAGAGUCAGCUUUUGCACCUUAUCAACCGUCGCAAGGUCCGUCAUCGCACAGUUUUCAACCGCCGCCACCACUUAUGCCACCCCCGCAAUCAGCAAAUCAACAUGCUUCAAGUCUUGUCGCUUCGAAAGGGCAAUCGAAAAGCUUCUUACAACGGUUCCAAGAUCAAAUGAAUACGAAUAGCGAUAAGAUUGCUGAAAUGGCAUUGAUCAAGGAAUGUGAUAUUGAAAAGUUUGCUCAAGAGAAUUUGAACUUUUCGAAAGGAAUUUUUAGGAAGAAAUCGAGCGUUCGUGACAUGUUAAGUUGGACAGGUGAAGCGAUAACGAAGCCAAUGCUGAGUCUUGCAAGAGAUAAAGCUGGGAAGAAGAUGGCAAUUGAACAAUUUAAACUCGUUCAAAUUUACAUGGGCGAUAGAAAAGCUCGAAUUGGAAUGAGUUUGAAUUCAGUAGCGAUGGAUAUCAUUCAACAAGGUGUCGCAAAUUCAUGGCUUCGUGACGAACUUUAUGUGCAGUUGUGUCGACAAACAACUGAAAAUCCUAAGAGAGAGUCAUUGAUAAGAGGCUGGGAAUUGAUGGCAAUUUGUCUUGCUUUCAUUCCACCAUCGCCAACUUUCCAACCAGCUUUACUUGGCUACAUGAAUCGUCAUCGCGAUCCGUCGUUUGCGAAACAUUUUCCUGAGAUUGGAAAAUGGCCAAUUCAUGUCCAAGUGUCACAUUAUGCGACAAUAGCAUGUAGAAGAUUAGAAAGAAUCGGAAGUUCAGGAAAGAAGCAAGCGAAGAAGCCAACUGAAGAUGAAAUUAAUCAUGCGAGGGAGCAAAUAUUCCGUGACAGUAUGUUUGGCAACACACUUGCUGAGGUCAUGGAGCUUCAACGUGAAAUCUUUCCGGAGAGAAAAAUUCCUUGGAUUCAACACACUUUGUCCGAGCAAAUCUUAUUGAUGCAGGGAAAACAGACGGAAGGAAUCUUUCGUGUGCCAGCAGAUGUUGAUGAAGUCUUGAUGCUGAAAGCUUACGUUGAUAAAUGGGAAUUUCCUGAAAAUCCUGGAACGAUGGACGCACACGCUCCUGCAAGUCUGUUGAAGUUGUGGUACCGUGAACUUUAUGAUCCACUGAUACCUGAUGAAUUUUACGAAGAAUGUGUUCUAACCGACGAUCCCAAAGAGGUCAUGGCGAUAAUUGAUCGAAUACCAGCAUUGAAUCGAUUGGUGCUAACAUACCUUAUCCAUUUCCUUCAAGAAUUCGCUCAUCCUGAGGUUGUCGUUUGUACAAAAAUGGAUUCGUCAAAUCUUGCGAUGGUAUUUGCACCAAAUUUAUUACGAUGCACAUCGCAAGACCCCAAAAUCAUCCUGGAAAAUACUCGCAAAGAAAUGAAUUUUAUUCGAACGCUAAUCACCAACAUGGAUACAUCGUCAGCCGCUUACAUCAUCUAAUUAAUUAAUUGAUGAGUGUGACGACAAUAAUGAAAGUAAUAAACACUUUCCUCCCACGGUUAUUUCUUCUUUUUUUAUUAUUGAUUUAUUUCCUUGAGUCCAACACAUAAAACGAUUUUUAAUUCCACAAUCUGAAAAGUUUUUUAAUUAAUUAAUGACGAAACGCCAAAAAAAUAUGAAACAAAACAAACAAAAAUUAUUGAAAUUGUAGCUUCCAACAAGAAAAAAAAACUCCACGGUUGCGCAAAAAAAAUCUUUUGAUGCGAUGAUCAAUUUUCCUUCUUAGGAUUUUUGUAACAAAACUAAUUGUAAAUUUAAUUAAGUUUUUUUUAAAAAGAUAUGAUUUUUCUACCAAAAAAUGAACAAAAAAUUAUUCUGAUAAAAUGAAAACUAAUCAAACUUCCUUGCUAUUUUGUAAUCUUAAUCUUUAAGCUAGUUAUGAUUUAAGCAAAUCGAAUGGCACAAGAAAUGAAAUGAGUUUCAUCAAGGCAUAAAGCAAGUGGCUUAAGUGUGUGAAGAACGAACCAAUUGCGUUGAUGCCUUGACUCUGUAAAUUUUAAGACUUUCUCUUGAAUUAUCUGAAAUUAAAUGCAAAACUUGCACAAAAAUAAAACUUUUUUCCUUCUUGACUUUUGAGUGACAUGAAAUUAAGGAACUUCCAUAAUUAAUUGCAAUAAGUAUUCUUAGCAACAAUCUCUCGCACUUUCUACUUUAGAACAUUGAGUUUGGUUUUUAUUAUGAUCAAAUAAAUGACGAUUAUCUGAUAUUGUAAUCAAAGAUACUUAUUGAAAAUAUAAAGCUGGCGAGAUCAUCAAUCAAGUUUUGAAUUGCAAUUCAAAAACACUUCGAUGAUAAAUAUCCUACUUCGAAAUCUUCUUAAAUUUCAUUUUAUUUUUGUGACUGAUUCAUGUAAAAAAAAUUCCUUGGAUUCUUUUUGUUUAUGAAGAUUUUUUUCUUCUCGAGGCUGCCCUUGACCUUCCCCAGUAACUUUCUUUAUAUUUAUUGUUCAUAAAGUUUUAUAAUGCAGCAAAUGAAUGAAAAAUAACAUUUACGAAUCCCCACUCAACUAAUAAUUGCAAGUCGUGGAUUCACGCGCUUUAUGAUGACAGCUUAAAAGUUAAAAUCGUAAAAUACAAGACGAUUACCUAUUAGUUGUAGUUGAGCAAAUCUUUUCAAUAAAUAAAUAUAAAAAUAUCAAUUUCGUUCAUCAAACAGCUCAAUCAAAUAAUAAAACAAGAAAGUAAAAAUAUUUACAGUUCAAUUAAAAAGCUGCAAGGUUUCCACUUAGAAUCGAGUUUUGUUGGUUCAGUUUAAUUACUAUUCAUCAAAAAGAAAAAAAUAGUUUAUCUCAUGUAUCGACAGCUGAAUCAAAAGAACCAUACAGACCUACUUGCAAAUAAUAUAUAUAUAGAGAAUCAGACAAAGUAAUAAAUAAUUAAUGAGAUUAAGAAGAAAAGAAUGGAGAAGAAAAAAAUAUCUAAGUAAAUUAAAAUGGAAAACGAAAUGAAAAUUUUCAAACGAAAACGAAGUGUAAAUAAAAAAAUCAAUAAAAAGAUUUUUCUUGCUGAAUAAAAAUAAUAAAGAG